AUGACAACGCCAACCAUUGUCGUUAACAAGCCUGGCACAGUCACGCACUCCGUCCCAACUGCUGUUCACAGCAACGCAGGCAGACCACUCACGCCCAAAAUCAGCACCACAUCUUUCCCGUCGAAAGGCCACGAGCAAUCCUGCUACCUCUGCGACGAGCAGAAUCCAGGAGACUUCAGCCCAACCACCAAGUUCCUCGAGACCUGUCUUCUCUGCUGCCGACCUUUCUGUCCUGUCCACAAGGCCGUGCAAUUCGAGAAGGUCUGCAAUAUCAACCACAGCCAAUACUACCACGAGCGUCUAGAAAAGGCAAGAGACGAAAUAGCACAAAAGAGUCCCGAUGGUGUGGGGAGGAGACCAGAUGCUGAAGAGGUGUUGAACGAGGGGGGAGUAUACCCCAGCUUGGGGGAGCGCGAGAAGGUCAUCUUCCGGACGAGCCCUGUAAGCCCAGAGAAGAUGAAGGAGAUUGCACAUUUCCGAAGCUUAGAUGCCGAAUUAUCUGGCACAAAAGGGAAGGGUGCUUCGAUCCUCAUAGAGGAGCGAGAGGCAUAUGCAGCCGAUAUUGCUGUUUAG